GUGAAAGGUGAGCAUUGUUUAGUAGAUAAACCUAGACUGCAUGGCACUGAUAUUUGCUAUCUAGUGUUCAGCGAUCACUGUCAGAGAGAAGGCUAUACUUGUUCUGUCUCCAGGGAAGAUGAUGAUCUUGUCUCUAUACAAUUACAUGUUGACAACCUGAAUAGGCAGGUAGGUAGCUGCAAGCAGGGUGAUCCAUUAUACCAGACAUGUUUCUGGGUGAGUUGUGUUGGUAGAAACAAUCUGUCCCAAACACUGACACCUCUACAUAAACAGCUUCUGGCUUCCAAGAUGUCCAUUCGUCCUCGUUCACCCAUCAUGGAUGCUUUCAAAGCCAUCUUCCUGCUGACUGCCCUCUGCACAGGGACAGGUAAGAUUGGACGGGGUCCAAGUGACACUUUGAUUUGCAGUAACUUGCUGUCAUUGCUCUGUGGAACAAAGAACACAGUAACAAAUGUUUCAUGAGGCACGAUUCUCAAUGAAGCACAGCCUUACAAUGAUUCUAUAUGUUGUGGUAAGAGCUGAAUUACUAUAAAGGCGAUGUUGACAAAGAGUGCUUGUCUCGUCUCCAGUAAAUGAUUUGAGUUUAACUAGUGGACAGGGCACUAUAUAUUCGUCUACUUGUUCUUGCCAUGUCUGUUUGCUCUACAGUGUAUGUUACUAUCGAGAGGAACCAGGGAUGGUGACUCUGGCAAGUAUGGCAGCAUUCAUUGGAAAUUCAUUUUACAUUUCUUUCAUACUGCAAUAUCUUCUUCUAAAGCUCAAAUCUUUGUGGGACUGCCUUCCAGUGGGAGUAGUAAAGAACUGUCAUACAGAAAGAGUAGUAGAUACCUGGAAUAGACUAUCAGUGGAAGCAAUAAAGACUAGCAGUGAUAUAGAAAGUUAAAGAGCAAUGGCAUGCGGCACUGCAAGGUAUCCCACAUUUUGGUGCCUGUUCCACAGGACCAGGUUCCUAUUCAGCAGAACCCACUAUUACAGCAUCAAUCUAAAUAGGAUCAUUUAGUGAUAAUAGAUACCUGGAAUAGACUUCCAGUGAAAGCACUAAUGGCUUAUCUUGAUAUAGAAAAUUAGUAGAUACCUGGUAUACCUUUCCAAUGCAAGUAGUGUAGGCUAGAGGUAGGUAGUAGAUACCUGGAAUUGCCAUUCAGUGGAGGUAGAAAAAGCUUACAGUUAAUCAGAAAGGCUCUAGACCAGGGGUUCCCAAACCUUUUUGGUUCAAGGAGUCCUUACUAUUUCAAUAUUUUUCCAAGGCACCCCAAGUCCAAAUUUUUUUUAGGUUGUAUAUAUGUACAGUGCUGUGGCAUAUACUGGGACCCUAAUCUUGGGAGUGGCACUGGUAGAUUAUCUAAAGAAACAAUCCAGGCACAAUAACCACUACAUUACGUUGUAGUGGUUAUGGUGCCAGUAGUUUCGUUGUGUCCUCCCAGGGUAAGUAGUCAAACUGUUUAAGAAUAGUUUGUCAAUGUACCUGGGGUCUGCUGGGAUAGGGGAUGUAGUGUGUGUGUGCAAUAUGUGUGUGUGUUAGGUAUGUUUAUGGGGUCAGUGUGUGUGUAUGGGGGACUGUGUGUGUAUGGGGGGUAGUGUGUGUAUGGGGGGGCAGUGUGUAUGUAUGGGGCAGUGUAUGUGUAUGGAGUAGUUUGUACAGGGGGUAAUUAUGUGUAUGGGGCAGUGUGUUUGUAUGGGGGGGUAAAUUGUGUGUAUGGGGUAGUGUGUGUUUGUGUAUGGGGGACAGUGUGUGUAUGCAUGGGGUAGUGUGUGUAUGGGGGUAGUGUGUGUGUGUGGGGUAAUUGUGUGUGUAUGGGGGAACAGUAUGUGUGUAUUGGGGAGCUAUUGUGUGGUAUGGGGUCUGUGGGGGUAGGAGAACAAAUUAAUAAAUAUAUAUAUAUAUAUUUUUUUUUUAUUAUUAUUUUUAUAUUAAAAAAAAUAACAAUGAUGUCCCCUCUCCCUGCUUACCUUUGCCUGGGACUGGGUACAUUUGCUGCAAUCCCUGGUGGUGACAGUGAACUCUAGCAGCCUCAGUAGCUGCUAGAGUUCACUCUCGCGAGAUUCGGAGCGUUGCUGUGGUAACGGUUGCAAUACUCUGAGCUUGCGAAAGGAGAACCUGGUGUAGCUGCAGGUUAGAACUCACCCUGGGUCCCCUCUCCCUCCCUCCCUUCCGGCUGUCAGCAAAGCGGGCCGGAGAGGGAGAUCUCCAUUCAAUCCUUAUCUAAAAACUCUAUUUCUGUUUUAUUUCUAUUAAUAAUCCUAUUCUACUCUCUCUGAUUUGUCUUUCUCAAUCUUCUUCUUGUUUAUUUGUUUUUAUUUUAAUUUAUAUUUUAUAAAACCAUAGUCUGACCUAUCACACUGCCAUCAGUCAGGCUCACUUCUUAAAGGAAUACUCAAAGCACCAUAACAACUUAAAGUGUUUAAGCAACUUUAGCUCCUCUCCCUCUCCCUCUCUCUCUCUCUCUCUCUCUCUCUCUCCUUUCUCUCUCUCUCUCUCUCUCUAUCCAAACCCUCUCUGAGCAGGCUCUGUUCACGAGUGAUACAUUGAUACAUUGGAGAGUUAUUGGUAAUGGGAUAAAGCAUUUAAUGUAAGAUUAACUCCCCUGGGCUAUAAAAGACCUGUUACAUAAAAUAAAUAACCUUUGCUUAUGUGUUUUUUCUAGGCUUUGCAUUACAGUGUUACACGUGUACAGGCCAGGCCAGUAACACCAACUGUAUGACUGCGACCAACUGCACGGCAGCCAGUACUUACUGCAAGACCUCGGUGCUUUCUGGGGGAAUCGGUACGUCCCACUUUUUACACUCUGUGAUAGAGACAUUAUUAGCAGACUGUGUCUGAGAAUCAGAAUUCAUUGAAACUCCAUCAGGUUCAUAUGGCGAACUCUAUAUCACAAUCCUUUACACAGAACCACAACACGGAGAGUGCAAGGGGAUACAUAUAUAUCAUGUAAAUGGUCCAAUACAUGGCUUAUGGUGAUUUGUAAGGAAUCUGCUGACAUUAUAGGAAUGCGGAUCCCACUCUUUCUGCAGUUAGAAAUAAUUUGACUGAAGUAAAUAAAUACAGUUAUCUGACCAGCAUUGGCCCAUUACAGGCUGCACAGAGCUUCUCUCGUCAUGGGUGCUAGAUUGCAGCACUGUACUGUUUGAGCCUUGUAAGCUGCAGUAUAGUGUGAGAGGGUGAAGCAAUGCAUUUCUCAAAGUCCCUCCAUUCAGAGUCGUGGGGACUGGAAAGAGCCUCAGUGAAGUGAUUUGUUUCUCUUCCUCUCGAUUACAACCAGCACUAGUUUGAUUGAUUCAUUUUUCAUUUAUUAAUGGAAGGCUGUCUCUAAUUACGGGAGUUUUAUUCCACUGUAGUUAGUUCUAAAUUAACAGACAGGGUGUAUAAACUCUAAUUGAUAUUUAUGAUGUUCUAUUAAACUAUUUCCUAUAUCCUGUUUUCUGUAAGUUCUCAAAGUAGCGAUAUUCUAGAUUAAAAUUAUUUAUUUUUGUAAUUUCUCUGUCUCCUGGCUUUGGAGACGUCAAUGAAUGUUACUGUAACUGUGACUUGAUACCCAUCUGGUAAAGCCAGAGUUAAAGUACUUUGUGUUAUUCCCACAGGUAGUCUGUCUGCGGCCACCAUUUCCAAAUCCUGUGAGUCCGUCUGCGUGGCAACCAGUUUGAAUGUUCUGGUUGUUUCGACUUCCGUGUCAUGCUGCAGCACUGACCUGUGUAACACAAGCGGGGCCACCAGCAUUAAAUCCGGCUAUGCCAUCCUGGCUCUGUGUCUGGGUCUCUUCUUAACUCUCAUCAGAAACCCAUCUCUGUGAUUUCCCAGAUCCCAAAGAUCGAUCUACAAUAUCCAACCACAACGGAAACCCUAAUAAUAUUAUCGGGACUAACUGAAUUCCCCUGUACCCCGAGCUGAGGUGUGAUAAUAACAUUAUCAGAGGAAAGGCCUGAACUGGUUACAUUUGGACAGGAUGUCUAACCUUGUGAUCUCAACUCCGACACACCUGGACAAACUUGAAAACCAGUGAAAGCUAGCUGUACUGGAUAAAUACUUAUAAUAAUAAUUAUGAUAUUAUUUUUGCUAUUAUUUACAUAAUUCUUUCUCUAUUAUUAAAAUUUAUAUUUCUAUUAUCUGAUAUUUGAUAUAACGUUAAUAAAAAACUCAUGUAAUAUA